AUGUAUAACGCUUCCAAUACGUUAUACGUUAUUCGGGAAGUUUUCCAUGGACAGUUAAAAAAACUAGUAAAGCUUUUCAUAGCACUCUUUAUUGGAAAAUAUGAACACUACAUUAUAUACAAUAUUAUACAUUUUGCAGACUGAAGAAAUGAUCAACAAAAUAAAAACUGCAUUUAAAGACAACUUUAAAAACUUGCAUUGGAUGGAUAAAGAAACACAGACCAAAGCCGAACAAAAAGCAGAUGCUAUAACAGAUAUGAUCAGUAAAUGUUAAAUAGGAUAUUACAUAUUUUAUAGGUAGUUCAAAUAUAAAAUAGGUACUUACCAAAAAAAUAUUUUAGGUUUAUCUGAUUGUUUAAUCGACUUGGAUCAAUUGUAUGAAAAAUACAGAAAUUUAACUAUAAGUAAUGAUGAAUAUUUUAGUAAUAACAUACGAGAUAUAAAAUUCAACUUGAUUCAUAUCUUAAACAAAUUUGAUUAA